GGUAGAGGGCGACGUUGAGCUUCACCCGGACUGUCAACCGGAAACUGUUCAGCAGCAGCAGAAGAAGAAGAAGAAGAAGAAGGAAGUGAGGCUGGUGUUACAUUCAAAACAACACGUGUUGGUGUUGAUCAGUGUUUCUGCUGUCAGAGCUGGUGUUGAAUUUAUAAACCGUUUUCUUCGGGAAAACAGCGAAAACGUGGAAAUGGACGCGGAAGCACUUCUUCGAGCCCCGAUUCCUCCGGAUCUGGUGAAGCUUCUUGGUGUCAAGUCUCAGACCCAACGUAAAGCAGAGGCCUUCACCCAGGCCUUCCUGAAGAACAGCCUUCAGCAGCAAGCGCGUGACGAAGAAGGUCUGAAGAACAUAUUGAGUUACAAGGCUCUGAUUCUGGGCUACGCCAGGCCCAAGAAGGACAAGUCCAAGAGGACCAGCAAGAAACCCAAAGGACUGAACGCUCGGCAGAAGAGGGCGAUGAAGGUCUUCCAGAUCAAGCCUGAGCACCAGAGGUACGAGCUGUUCCUGCCUCUGCAUGAACUCUGGAGACAGUACGUUAUUGACCUGUGCGGCGGACUGAAGCCAACGAGUAAUCCACAGUUUGUGCAACAGAAGCUUCUGAAGGCAGACUUCCAUGGUGCCAUCAUCUCAGUGGUCCGGUCUAAAUGCCCGUCAUAUGUGGGGACUACAGGGAUUCUAGUCCAAGAGUUCAAACAUGUCUUCAAAAUCAUCACCAAAGAAGACAAACUGAAAGUGAUCCCUAAAAGAAACAGCGUGUUUGCAGUGGAGAUCAACGGCUUCGUCUCCCACAUCUACGGCAGCAAGUUUGAGCAGCGAGCCAGCGAACGCUCCGCCAAGAAGUUUAAAGUGAAAGGAACCAUCGACUUGUGACGUGUCUACUACAGGAGGCGGUGACGCACUUCUACGCCCUCUAUCGGCAGUCGGAAGGAACUUUAACAGCGGUGGUCAGUGUGUAGCGGAUGCAUUGUGGACAUUUACUGUAUAUGAGACUGAAAAACAACAUCUGGAAAGUUAUAUUUCCGUUUUUGGUUCCGUUUACACCUCGCUGAAUAUGGAUUUUACACACUCAGGAUUAGUUUACUUGUUAUGGGGAGUUCUAAGCAGCCAGCGAUAAUAACGCGUUAACGCAAAUUCGUUUUAACGCCACUAAUUUAUUUAACGCAUUUACGCAACUUGCGUUUUUAGGUUGUAGCGGGCUCAGUUUUAAAGCUGGAGUGAAGCUUUUCGUGAAGGAG